UCGGGUAAUGUUGGGACUUGGGAGUUAUAGGGGAGUGUAACACUGAUAGAAAAGGAUAAGACACAGAGGCGCUAACGCUUGCAAUUUCACAUUUUAGAGUCGUUCGCGCAGCGCUAACCUCCACAGCGUCCACAUAGACGCCGAGAUACCGCUACGUCAACACGGGUUGUGGAGCACACAAAAUUCAUUCGAACGCUGUGAAAACAAGUAAUAUCGACACUAUAGAACAACCCCGUGCACAGUAAAUACUACCUCAGCCAAUGCUAGCUGAACUAAACAAUAAUAUUUACAUUUAAGUGAUAAUGUUGUAGAAUAUAUAUUUGCGCAGAACUCGUAUUUAUCGUACGUAUUUGUCUCGCAACCAUGAGUUUUUCCAGUGACGAAGUGAAUUUUCUCGUUUACAGAUACUUGCAGGAAUCUGGCUUCCAACACUCAGCUUAUACUUUUGGUAUUGAAUCACAUAUAUCUCAGAGUAAUAUCAAUGGUGCAUUAGUUCCACCUGCAGCACUUUUAUGUGUAUUACAAAAAGGUUUACAAUACACAGAAGCUGAAAUUUGCAUUGGUGAAGAUGGCACUGAGCAGCGUUUGGUGGAAUCUCUUUCACUGAUUGAUGCUGUUAUGCCUGAUGUUGUUGCAGUAAGACAACUUCAGCAACAACAGCACUAUCAAAAAGCUCAACUUAAAGCUGAAAUCCCAGAUACUAAUGGUGAAGAAACUGUAACAUCAAAUGAAAGUGCCAAUACAAAUGAAAAAGCAUCAGAUCGUACUGAUAUGGAUGUUGAAGAAACUUCCCAAGGCCAGGGUGGUGGAACAAAUGCCAAUUCCAUUAAAAUACCAGCUAACAAAGCUACUAAACUGUGUGGUCAUGAAUCUGAAGUAUUUAUUUGCGCUUGGAAUCCAGCCAUGGAUCUUCUAGCAUCUGGUUCAGGAGACAGUACAGCUCGUAUUUGGGAUAUGUCAGAUAAUUCUCAAUCUCCGAAUCAAUUAGUUCUGCGUCAUUGCAUUCAAAGAGGGGGUACUGAAGUUCCAAGUAACAAAGAUGUUACUUCUUUGGAUUGGAAUUGUGAUGGUACUUUACUUGCUACUGGAAGUUAUGAUGGCUAUGCACGAAUAUGGACAACUGAUGGUAGAUUAGCAUCUACAUUAGGACAACACAAAGGACCAAUAUUUGCAUUAAAAUGGAACAAGCGAGGAAACUAUAUCCUUAGUGCUGGAGUUGACAAAACAACCAUCAUUUGGGAUGCAGCUAGUGGUCAAUGUACUCAACAAUUUAGUUUUCAUUUAGCUCCUGCGUUGGAUGUAGAUUGGCAAACUAAUACAUCUUUUGCUAGUUGUUCGACUGAUCAAUGUAUUCAUGUCUGUAAACUCAAUGUUGAUAAACCAAUUAAGAGUUUUCAAGGUCACACUAACGAAGUAAAUGCUAUUAAAUGGGAUCCUCAAGGAAAUCUCUUAGCUAGUUGUUCAGAUGAUAUGACAUUAAAGAUUUGGUCAAUGAAACAAGACAAUUGCUUGCACAAUCUUCAAGCUCAUCAAAAGGAAAUAUACACCAUUAAAUGGUCACCCACUGGUCCUGGCACACAAAAUCCCAACAUGAAUUUAUCCUUAGUCAGUGCAUCAUUUGAUUCAACUGUUAGACUUUGGGAUAUAGACAGAGGAGCCUGUAUAUAUACUCUUACAAAACACACUGAACCUGUAUACAGUGUAGCUUUCAGCCCUGAUGGCAAAUUCCUGGCCAGUGGAAGUUUUGAUAAAUAUGUUCAUAUAUGGUCUACUUUGAGUGGUCAAUUGGUGCACAGCUACAAAGGAACUGGAGGUAUAUUUGAAGUUUGCUGGAACAGUCGAGGGGACAAAGUUGGAGCUUCAGCAUCAGAUGGCAGUGUUUUUGUACUUGAUCUCCGCAAACUAUGAUAAAUGACAAGAAUUGCAAUUUCGUAUGUCUUUGUAUACAUAAAAACUAACAAUACCUACCGUACCUUUUUGUAUUUACCCCCAUAAAAUAGCAACAAUUGUUGAUAUUCUCAAAUUCUUUGAAGGUUUUAUAUUUAUUGUCUUACAAGAAUCUACUUUUUAAGAAAUUUUAGUUCUAAAAAUUGGAUGUAGCAACGUAGAAAAAAUUGUAUUGUAAUUGUACAUUAAAUUAAUUCUUGAUAAUAUUUAAUUACAU